AUGUCGAACAACAAAUACCCACGACCUCGAGAUAAUGAUGAUUUUGAUGUUGCCAUUUUUUGUGCCCUACCCCUUGAAGCUGUCGCGAUGACUGCAGUUUUCGAUGAAAUUUGGCAGGAAGUAGAGUAUGGGAAGUGUGAUAGCGACACAAAUAGCUAUUCUUUCGGUCGGAUUCAUCAACACCCUGUGGUGCUAGUCCAUAUGCCUCGCAUAGGCAAGGCAGCAGCAGCUAGUGCCGGGACCAAUUUGCGAUCCAUCCGAAUGGGCUUACUGGUCGGUAUAUGCGGCGGGGUGCCCCUUUAUGGAAGCGGCAAUCGUGAGACCAUGCUAGGAGACGUUAUCAUCAGUACACACGUUGUCCAAAGCGAUUUUGGAAGGCUAAACACGGACCGCUUCACCCGCAAGAAUACGAUACAAGACAAUCUUGGAAGACCGAACCAGGAGAUUGGCGGCUUCUUGUCUAAGCUCCAAGAAGCUCAGACUAAUAUCAAAGGUUCAAUGCGAUUGGAACUUGAUGAAUCAGGAAAUUAUCCUGGUACUACUGAGGAUAAACUUUUUGAGGCAAGCUAUAGGCAUAAGCAUGCGGACAGUAAGGCAUGUGUAGUUUGUAGCCGAUGCAUAAAUCCUGGUGAUGCUGUCUGCAACGAGGCCUUACAGAUGUCUUGCACCAAGCUUGGGUGUGACUUCAGCCAGGUUGUAAGUCGAGCUCGGAUACAGGCUAUAGACGCUGAAGGUGAUAGCGCUCAGACCUAUUGUCCUGAAAUCCAUUUUGGUGGACUGGGUUCAGGUGAUCAAGUUAUAAAAUAUGGAUUACACCGCGACCACAUUGCCAAAGAAGAAGAUGUGAUCGGCUUCGAAAUGGAAGGGGCUGGCUUGUGGGAUACGAUUCCGACUAUCGUGGUUAAAGGAGUGUGUGACUAUGCGGAUAGCCAUAAAAAUAAGAAGUGGCAGAGUUAUGCAGCUACCACCGCUGCUGCCUGUACAAAAGGCAUACUGAAGGAAUGGGUUGGAAGACGGGUCGAUGAUAGAUUAGGCGACAAAGAACCUGAUCCGUCGGCACCAUCGCCAGUCCAUCAAGUUUUCAGUGGCAGCUUCUAUGCUGGAAAGAAUAUGAUCAACGGCGGUAAUUUCAAUGGCGGUAAUACCUUUUGA